UGUUUUAUGUUUAGUUGAUGAGCUUACAAAGAUGGCAAGACGAUCGAGUCACUUUCUCCCUUGGUAGCAAGCUCCCAUCCCAUGUAACUCACGGGUGGUCCUUGGAAGCCACGCGCGCGACACGGCCACUCUCACUGCUCGUGCAAAAGUACGCGCUCCACUUCAUCUGCUACACCGUCGCUACCAGACAAAUGCGCACAGCAGAGACAUAGCCGUUGCGGUCGAACGUCUCCCUCGCCUUCCGUUUAAAUCCAUCACCCUCGGCCAGAAAAUCAAACGCCACUUCGGCACCUCACUCUCUACCGCCUCGGGCAACGGCAGCUAUGGAAACAAGAUCCUUCUCUCUGUCUCUGUUCCUGUUAAUCCUUUCCUCUGCUUUGCUUCCAGGGGGAACUACAAAGUUGGUACAGGGACAGAAGACUUGGUGCGUAUCGAAGCCUUCCUCGGACGAUGCGACACUGGCGGCCAACUUGAACUACGCGUGCUCUCAGGUUGACUGCAGCAUACUGCAGAGAGGCUACGGUUGCUUCUACCCGGACACGCUCAUGUCGCACUCUUCCAUUGCCAUGAACCUCUACUACCAAUCCCGCGGCCGGAACUUCUGGAACUGCUACUUCAGGGGCUCCGGCCUCCUUGUCACUACAGACCCCAGUUUUGGGAGCUGCGUCUACGCGUAUGGGUAAAGAGUAGCAAGGAAAGGUGACAACAUGUGCUUGGUUCUGAUCCACAGUUUGUCGGAUGCGUCGGUGAUUCAGGAGUCAUUUUUUUUUUUUUUUGAUUUGUGCGUUUUCAUCACUGUUCCGGAGUUUGUCUUUUGGUGUGAUCGAGUUUGUGAUGGAGAGGCAAGAGAUGCUUUCUUGGAAGUCUAGUAGCUAUGAAACCAUAAACUUUGUGUCAUAGUUCAACUCAUAGUUCAAGUUCAUCCUCAACUAGCAACA